AUUUGUAGCGGGAAGAAAGAAAGUGGAUGUUCUGAAGGGGAAGCGCAAGUGAAGAUUUAGGACCGUAAAUGUUUCAUGUUUUGUUGCAUGUUUAGCCAAUAGAGUACAUUUAGAUCUAUGUUGAUUUAUCGACUACAUAUUUAAAUGGCAGAGGCAGAAAAGCCCGCCACGACAAUGGAAGAGAAAGUCGAGAAAGCGUUAGGCCUAAAAAGUGAAGGCAACGAACACUUCAAGAACAAAGACUAUAAAUCCGCCAUUAGGAAAUACCACAACGCACUACUUUAUGUUAAAGGACUUUUAGAUCGUGCAAAGACUUACCAAUCAUUAGGAACCGCUUUGCCCGAAGUAACGAUGCAAAGUCCCCCAAGUGACGAGCUUGAAGAGAAGAUAAAGGAGCUGCAGUUAACGUGUUACAAUAAUUUGGCAGCUUGUCUUCUUAAAACUGAAAAAUAUGACCGUGUUUUGGAUUACUCGAACAAGGCACUUGGUAUCGAAUCAAAGAAUACAAAAGCAUUGUUUAGGAGAGGGACAGCUUCUUACCAUCUCAAGAACUUCCAUGAUGCUGAGAAAGAUUUUACAUACAUCCUGGAGCUUAGUCCAAAAGAGACAUCUGUUCAGAAGUAUUUGAAGGAGAUAGAACUUCAGAAAAGGAAUUCAUUGGAAAAACAAAAGCAGAUGUACAGCAAAAUGUUUUGAUGUUUUUCUUGCAGAAAUUCAAUGUGGUCAUGUAUAAGAGACGAUUGUAUAUCAAUUUUAUAAGAUCAAACCAAUUUUUGUUGGAAUCAAACAAACACAUUCAUUUAUUAAGAUAUACUAGUUUCCAUUUAGCUGCAAGCAGCUAUUGAACUUGUUUCAUUUGAAUAUUUACAAUGACAAAUUGUUUUUUAUGUAAUUUUAACAUGGUU